AUGAUGGGGGCGCUGGGCCGAGAGAGCAAAGAUGCGCAGAAAGAGUCGCUGGACGCCCACCCAGAGGACGCAGCAGACGCCCGCCAAGAGGACGCAGACGAGCCCGAGUCCCUGAGAUUCUCCCCGGAAGAGGAGGCGACGCUCCUCCAAGAGUCUCACUCCAUCAAGGCAGAGGCCAACGCCCUCUUCUCAUCACACGACUACCACAACGCCCUCUCCCGAUACGACGACGCCGUUGCUUCGUGCCCCAAAUAUCUCCGGUACGAGCGCGCCGUCUUGCAGAGCAACAUUGCCGCAACCCACCUCAAGCUUGAGCAGUGGAACGAGGCCAUCAAGGCGGCCACCGAUGCGCUCGAUGGACUGGUCGAGCUCGAGGAGCCAGGCGCCGCGCCCUUGAGUCCCGCGGACAAGCUGGAGACCUCCGAAAGCAGCCAGGCCGAUGGGCGGAACACGAGCCGUCGCCAAGAACCGCCCAAGAGCGAUCCUCGCGCACCCGACACCGACGUCGAGGACGAAAUCGUCAGCGAAGGCGCCCUGAAAUCAGCCCCCGCACCCCCUCCCGAGCCAACGUCACAGUCCCCCGCCGAAACCCGCAAGGCAGACAUCCUGCGGAUCCGCACCAAGGCCCUGCUUCGCCGCGCCCGCGCCCGCUCCGAGGCCGGCGGCUGGCAGAACCUCGCCGGCGCCGAGGAGGACUACCGCACACUGGCCGGCAUGCCGGGCCUGGGCGCCGCUGACCUGCGCACCGUGCGCGCGCAGCUCAGCGCUCUGCCGCCGCGCACCAAGGCCGCCCAGGACGCCGAGACGGCCGAGAUGUGGGGCAAGCUGCGGCAGCUGGGCGACGGGAUUCUCAAGCCCUUUGGCCUCAGCACACAAAACUUUCAGAUGGUGCAGGACGAGAAGACGGGCGGGUACAGCGUCAACUUUUCCCAGGGUGGGGGGUCCUCUUCGUCAUGA